AAGGCAGGUUGUAACUGACCAAACCACUCAUCCACCCAGCAGGGAGGCGGACACACGCAUUUCCAUCAUUUACUAUGCUGUCAACCAGUCGCACGUAGUGACAGACCCUCCCACUAACUCUUCGUGUCCGUUUUUUUUUUAAUGAGCAGCCAUAACCUUGAGAAAACACGACCAAGCUUAAAUAACCGCCGCUUCCUCCACCGUCUCUGUGACCGAGCGAGGCGCCCAGGAGGCCGUGUUCCGUCCGUCUUUGGCAGCUGGGACCGUUAGCGGCUAACAGGCUAGCAGAUUUGUCUCAAGCGAAUGGCCAUGAUGAUUAUAGAGGACCUGAAAUUGAUCUGCAAAAAUGCUCUGAUCAAAAUACACUACUGACCCAGAAGGAAACGCAUAUCCUGGAUGCCUUGACAUCCCAAAAUGGAGAAAAAGAAAUCGUGCCCACGUCUUCUUGACUACUUAGUGGUUGUUGGAGCAAGGCAACCAAGUAGUGACAGUGUGGCCCAGACUCCACAGCUCCUCCGACGCUACCCCCUGGAGGAUCACCACGACUUCCCGCUCGCUCCUGAUGUGGUUUUCUUCUGCCAACCAGAAGGCUGCCUCAGUAUACGCCAGCGCCGUGUUAGCCUGCGUGAUGACUCCUCAUUUGUUUUCACGCUGACCGACAAGGACUCUGGUAUUACCCGGUAUGGAAUCUGCGUCAACUUCUAUCGGUCCUUCCAGCGUGGACAUCACCGUCCCAGAGAUAAGAGUAGCCACACAGAAACUGCAGCACAGGCAACCGAGACUGUUAACGAAGCGUCUGAUGGCAGCGGUGGAGGCCAGACUGCUGCAUCAGCCGCACCUGACAGCUCCAAGUCUAAACCUCCACCUCGUCCAGAAGAGGACGGGCAGCCAGGUGCAGAGCAAACCUCUGGCAAGUCUCCGCAGCACAAACGCAGCGCUGCUAAAGUGGCUGCAAGGAACCGCAACAGCACGCUGACGUCGCUGUGCAUCGUCAGCCACUACCCUUUCUUUACCACAUUCAGAGAAUGCCUGUAUAUUCUGAAGAGGCUGGUGGACUGCUGUAGUCAGAGGCUAACUCAGCGAGCUGGACUCUCUCGUGCUACCCAAAGGGACACCAUGUGGAGGGUGUUUACCGGAGCGCUCUCUGUGGAAGAGAAAGGUAGCCAGCUGUUGGCUGACCUACGGGACAUCGAGUCAUGGGUGUACCGGCUGCUGCGCUCCCCGGUUCCAUUGGCAGGUCAACGGCGUGUGGAUGUGGAGGUGCUGCCCCAAGAACUGAAACGGCCGCUGACAUUCGCCUUGCCUGACAACUCUCGUUUCUCCUUGGUUGAUUUCCCACUGCACUUGCCCUUGGAGCUGCUGGGUGUUGAUGCUUGUCUUCAGGUCCUCAGCUGUGUCCUGUUGGAGCACAAGGUCAUUCUUCAAUCUCGAGAUUACAAUGCUUUGUCCAUGAGUGUGAUGGCCUUUGUGGCUAUGAUCUACCCCCUGGAGUACAUGUUCCCUGUCAUCCCAUUGUUGCCUACAUGUAUGGCUUCUGCUGAGCAGCUCCUUCUCGCUCCCACUCCCUACAUUAUCGGUGUUCCAGCCAGCUUCUUCCUCUAUAAGUCGGAUUUCAAAAUGCCAGAUGAUGUUUGGCUGGUCGACCUCGACAGCAGCAAGGUUAUAGUGCCUACCAAUGCAGAGAAUCUUCCCCCUCUGCCAGAGCCUGAAGCAGGCGAGCUUAAGAAACAUUUAAAACAGUGUCUGGUUAGAUUGACCGUGAUCACCCAAAAGCAGAUCUUCUCCUCUGAGAAUAAGGCAUUGGCCAGCAUGAGUUUGAACACCCAGCCCAUUUUGAACCUGGAGAAGUUCCAGGAAGGCCAGGAGAUGACUCUGCUCCCACCAGGAAGAGACAAAGCUUCGCCGUCCUCCACUGAGUUCAACCCUCUGAUCUAUGGCAAUGAUGUUGAUUCUGUGGAUGUUGCCACCAGGGUUGCCAUGGUGAGGUUUUUCAACUCACCCAAUGUUCUCCAGGGCUUCCAAAUGCACACGCGUACUUUGCGGCUGUUUCCGCGACCUGUGGUUGCUUUUCAGUGCUCGUCUUUUCUUGCCUCUCGCCCACGCCGCUCCAGUUUUGCCGAUAAGCUGUCCCACACACAGGCAGUAGAGUUCUACGGAGAGUGGGCACUCAAUCCCUCUAACCUUGCCUUUCAGAGGAUACACAACAAUGUGUAUGAUCCAUCUUUAAUCGGAGACAAGUCCAAAUGGUAUGCACACCAGCUGCAGCCAGUGGUCUACAGAGUUUAUGAUGGAAGCUCCUCGCUGGUGGAGGCGAUGGCUGCUCCAUUGGAAGAUGAAGGCAAUGACUCUGACCCCACAGACAGUGGUAGUGACAGUGAUGGAUAUGACGACUCCAGCUCUUCAUAUUCCUCCCUUGGAGACUUAGUGAGUGAGAUGAUUCAAGGUGACAUCCAGGGGGACACGCCAAGCUUGGAUCCUCCCACUCAUGCUGCACUUGGAGAUGCUAGUGAAGUUGAGUUUCAAGAUUUCCAUGACAAGGACAGCCAUAACCUAGAUGGUCCUUCCAGUGUUGACGGAGCCGUUGAGCUGUCAGACGGUCAGCCUUUGCGUUCAAGCUCUAGCACAACUGCAAGCUCAAGCCCUAGCACAAUUAUCCAAGGAGUUAAUCAUGAGCAGUCUGAAGCGCCUGAGAUCGAGGCAUCAGCAAGUGCCGCUCUGCAGAACCCUGUCCCUGUACUGGGCAGCCAGCCAUUCCUUAGACCAGCAGCAGAUGUGGGUCUGGUGGAUUCUGCCAACAAAAAGCAAGAAUAUGACAACCCAUACUUUGAGCCUCAGUAUGGCUUCCCCACUGAGGAAGACGCCGAAGAAGAGCAAGUUGAAACCUACACCCCUCGAUUCAACCAGAACCUAAACGGCAACAAGGCUCAGCGGCCUCUACGCCCCAGCAGCCUAAGGCUUCCUGGAGAGUCGGAUGGAGAGGGAGACUCUCGCAACAGUUCGCCAAAUUCUACCAUCUCCAACAGCAGCAAUGAUGGAUUUGGUGGACUCAUGUCUUUUGCUAGUAAUCUAUACAAGAACCACGGCACCAGCUUCAGUCUGUCCAAUCUGGCCCUUCCUAACAAAGCAGCGCGGGAGAAAUCAACGCCCUUUCCCAGCCUGAAAGAUUCCCCUGACAGUCCGGGGGCACGUGCACCUCGAGCACUUGUGGACCAGAAAUCUUCAGUGAUCAAACACAGCCCGACUGUAAAGAGAGAAUCUCCCUCACCACAGGGUCGAGUUAACAACACAAGUGAGAACCAGCAGUUUUUGAAGGAAGUUGUCCAGAGUGUUCUAGACGGACAGGGCGUCGGCUGGCUUAACAUGAAAAAAGUGCGCCGACUGCUGGAGAACGAACAGCUGCGCGUCUUUGUGCUGAGUAAGCUGAACAGAGCCGUUCAGUCGGAGGAAGACGCCAGACAGCAGAUCAUUCGUGAUGUGGAGGUGAACAGGAAGGUUUACAAAGGCAUGCUGGACAUUCUGAAGUGUACAGUGUCCAGUCUGGAGCACUCCUAUACCAAUGCUGGCCUUGGAGGAAUGGCUAGUGUCUUUAGCCUGCUUGAAAUAGCACGCACACAUUAUCAAACCAAAGAAAAGCGCAAGCGAAGCCCCACAGACAGUGCUGGCAGCCCGGGGAGUAAAGAGAGUCCUUCUGGUCGUAUGGAGACAGCCAGACCUCAGGGCCUCCUGAACAUCCCCCAGCUGCAGCUGCCUCACCACACCAUGGGCAAAGGAGCCCGCCAUUUUGAUACCCGAAGUCUGAACGAGGAGAACUUUAUUGCCUCGAUUGAAUUGUGGAGCAAGCACCAGGAUAAGCAAAAAGCUAUGGAAAAACAACAGAGGGCUGAAGUGGGAAAGCAGCAGCGCCCGCAGGUGACUGACGCAGAGGAGAAGAAAUCACAGAUCAGUGCUGAUAGUGGACUUAGUGUUGCAUCUGGCUCUCAGAAGAGCGACACAGAGUCUGUUACCAGUUCAGAGCCGCCGAUCCUCACAAGAAGCACCAGCCAGGACUCGGAGGCCAGCACAGUGAUUAGCAACAGCUCUGGAGAGACCCUUGGAGCCGACAGCGACCUAAGCAGCACUGCAGGAGAUGGUCUCGGAGGGAGAACUGCUCCUCAUUUGAAUCAGUCCAGAGGAACUCUGUCUGACAGCGAGAUCGAAACCAAUCCAGCCACAAGCUCUGUGUUUGGAAGGACCCAUACUCUUAAACCCGGGGCCAAAAAUCAUUUACCCGUAAUGGUCAAAACACCUCCUGUACAACCGAUGGAGGACAUCAGUAUGAGGAUUUAUCUUUUUGAAGGCCUGUUGGGGCGGGAUAAGAGCUCCGUUUGGGAUCAGCUAGAGGAUGCGGCCAUGGAAACCUUUUCUCUAAGUAAGGAGCGCUCCACCCUCUGGGAUCAAGUACAGUUCUGGGAGGAUGCCUUCUUAGAUGCUGUGAUGUUGGAGCGUGAAGGAAUGGGGAUGGACCAGGGACCCCACGAAAUGAUUGACAGAUACCUGUCACUUGGAGAGCACGAUCGCAAGCGUCUGGAGGAUGAUGAAGACCGACUCUUGGCCACCCUGCUACACAACAUGAUUGCUUACAUGCUUAUGAUGAAAGUAAGCAAAAAUGAUAUCAGGAAGAAAGUGAGACGUUUGAUGGGCAAAUCUCACAUCGGACUCACAUACAGCCAAGAGAUUAACGAGCUACUUGACAAACUGGCCAAUAUGAACGGCCGUGAGCUGUCCAUCAGGCCCAGUGGGAGUCGUCACAUCAAGAAACAAACAUUUGUUGUUCACGCUGGUACUGAUACAACAGGAGACAUCUUCUUUAUGGAGGUUUGUGACGACUGCAUAGUCCUGCGCAGCAACAUUGGGACAGUUUAUGAGCGCUGGUGGUACGAGAAGCUCAUUAACAUGACGUACUGCCCCAAGACCAAGGUGCUGUGUCUUUGGAGACGUAACGGCCAAGAGACGCAGCUCAAUAAGUUCUAUACGAAAAAGUGUCGGGAGCUCUACUAUUGUGUUAAAGACAGCAUGGAGAGAGCCGCAGCGAGACAGCAGAGCAUUAAACCAGGUCCGGAGCUCGGCGGUGAAUUCCCUGUCCAGGACAUGAAAACUGGUGAAGGUGGACUGCUUCAGGUUACGCUGGAAGGAAUCAACCUGAAGUUCAUGCACAGCCAGGAGCGGAAGGUUUUCAUAGAGCUGAGUCACAUUAAAAAGUGCAAUACAGUGAAGGGAGUCUUUGUCCUGGAGGAAUUUGUUCCUGAAACUAAAGAAGUGGUGAUCCACAAGUACAAGACCCCCAUGGCACAUCAGAUCUGUUACUCUGUCCUCUGCCUUUUCUCCUACGUGGCGGCUGUGAAGGGGAAGGAGGCGGAAGGAAAACCCAAGCUGCUGUCACCAAGACCCCUUCCCAGCUAGUCUUCACCCCCGGCAACCCCCCCGCUCCUCUACACCCUUUCCGUGCCUCUCUACUUGAAAUGGCAUCUCUGCUCUUUAACCAGAUUUUUGACAAUCCCUUGUUUAACUCGAAGCACACAGUUCCUGCUCUCCCCUCCUGUGUAAAUAGAAUCCUGUGAUCCUUUUUAGAUCCACCGGUGUAGACAUGUCCAGUCUGUGAUGUUGUGUAAAUAAGUCCUAAAACUCAUGGUUGUUGUCCCGAUGUUCCAGCCCAGCUAGUUACCGUGUGCUUGCCCUGUUUGGAUCUGGAGAAGUGACUGGGCUCUGUGUGGAAGCCUCAGUGACCCAUGUAGUGCAGAGGUGAGGGAUUAGCCCGAGCCACAGACUGCAUGCAGGUCCUGUGCUACAGCAGUGAAGCUAACCCCCCACCCCACCGCUCGUCUCCAUACAGUUCUGUGUAAUUCUGUGAUACGUGAUUACUGUAAAGUUCCAGUUUGUCCAAGUUGAAACUGGUGAAGCAUCCAGAGACCCUGUUAGUGCAGUGAAAAGCACCAGAGCACCGCAUGUAAACUCUCCUUAAUGCUGUUUGGUCCUAAAAUACUUCAGGUGUUCUCAGAUGUGUCCUCUGCUCCACCAGGCUGAAUCACUGUUCUAGUUCUGCUGUAAAACUUCUCGUCUGUGCUCCUCUGGUAUUAACUGCAUGUUACUAUAAAGAUGGAAUAAAUAUUAUAUAUAUUUAUAUAUAUAUAUAGUAUUUAUUUAAUAUAUGCAUUUAUUGAGUGUAAAUUUUCUGGAAAAAAAGUUACAAAAUGUUGAUUUGCUAGAUGUGCAAUACUUAAGAAGUAGUUAGCCAUUGCCAGAGCCAGGUUCUCUUGGCUCCACAGGGUGAAGAAUGUAAGAGUUUCUUUUUCUAUAGUGUGGAUUUGCUGAAUAUUCAGUGUGUUAUGACUGGUCAUCGUGUUCCGCUUCAUCACGGGUCAAUCACAAGACAGAAACUAACAAGAUUUUCUGAUGUUCAUCACUUAGAUUAGAAUCGCCUGCAGUUAUUGGAGGAGGCUGGUCAGUUCUGUGUCUGAAGCAAAUCUCUACAAGCACAGCCAUGAACCCUGGCUGAUACAUGUAUGAGUAACAUACAGACUGACUGUGGUUGGAGGCUCAGACUGCUGCUGCUCUACUUGAACAAUUUCUACCUAAAUUAAAGAAUUUGCAAAGUGAUAUUUAGCAACUGAAUGUUAGAUUUUUGUUUUGUUUUCGUGAACAAAUAAAAUCAUCUUUAGGAAGCAUCACUUAAACUGAGAAUUUCAUGACAAUUUCUUCCAUUAAGCAUCAACAGGCAGAUGGUUUUAAUGUACUAGGCAGGCAGAGGAAGUUAUUUUUUUUUUCCAUGUUAUACCUUUAUAUGUUUGCUUGUUUCUUUCUUCAACUCAUACAUUUCAUACCUGCUCUGACUGAUGAUUGUUAAACAGCAUCUCAGCCGUACUCUGUUAAACCUAGAGGUAAAGGGGCUGUUUUUUUUUUUUUUUUGAUAUUCCUGGAAGAAAGCAUGCAGAUGGGGAUCUCUUAACAUCGUCUCAUAGAUCAGCAUUAGGUGAAUGAAGGGUUUAAAGUUCUGUUUCCUUAAAUCAGUAUUUGUUUAGAUCAACAACACAAUAUUGGGUUAUUCUCAGGGUGUCUGGUAAAAUAAAUUUGCUCGCAUGUUAACGGGCCGCAGUCGGUUGAAAGCCCCAUCAAAGCUUGUUGUGCAGGGAAUCAGCUUUAUUAGCUGUCCAGUGCGUUUCAGCUUGUGGCCUGAAGCACUAUUCAUAAAGGAAGUGCCACAGUGCAUCAGAACGAAACGGACGUGUAAAUUAGCGAGAGGCUAAAUUGAUCCUGAGCCGUCAAAGCUUUGUCUUCCUGUUUAGUUGGUUGAUCCUCUUAGGUUGCUUUUCAGGUACAGAAAUAUAAUUUCAUGCUUAGCAUGAAAUGCUAAAUGUUUGCAGCCUCAUGUCAUUUAGUUAACUUUUUUUACCAGGUAGGAUAAUAAAUGCAAAUGUAUAAAAACUGAAGAGCAAACUUAGGCGCUAAAGUUUAUGCAGAAACAUAUGUUACGGUUUCUUCUUCUAAAAAAAAAAAAAAAAAGACAUCACUCUUACGAGCUCUUUAAAGAGGUUAAAAAAAACGUAUUUCUCUCCUGUGUUUGACCCUUAGAAAGUUUCAGAGCAGACAAACUAAUCAUGGCUGAGAUCAUUUGAUCUUUGUUUGUUCCUAGUGUUAAAAACAGGUCCAAGCUAAACCCACAGUGUGUGUGUGUGUGUGUGUGAGCGCAUGUGUGGUCAUGUGGUGAACAGUCUCCUAUCAGCAAUAUAUUGCUAUGGUAAAUUCACUGGAAGAGUUUUAUUUUGAUCCUGACAUGCCUGUAUUUUUAGUAACCUAAAUGUGCAAAGAAGAACUUUCAGAAGGACUUUGAGAAGAUGCUGUACCAUCUCUACAAUGGAUCUGAACGUUCUGCUUAAGCUAAAAAAUAAAAAAAAUGUUUUUUGUUUUUUUUUCCUGGAAUAUUACAGCUCAUCUCUGUUACUGUGCUCACUGGCUGCUGUCAAUGGAGGGAAGAAGUAAAGAGAUGCCAGCUGUAAGCUUUCCAGUAUUUAAGGAGAAAAAAUGUAUUUAUAGAUUAUGUACAGCUUUGGCAAUAUAAUAAAGUUGUCCUAAAUGAU